AUGCCUGCUUCCAAUUACCGCGUCAUUGAACCGCACCCGUCGGUGCCGCACACCAGCCGCCCUGCCGUCUACACCGGCCGCGGCGGCUGCGGGAAUGUCAUUAGCCUGAAAAACACCAAGACCACUCCCUCGCGCACCGCCACGGGUCCCGCCUCGCUGACCCGCCUCGACUCGCGGACUCCGUCGACCUUUGUGUCCGGCCGCGGCGGCGCUGGCAACGUCCACCGCAGCAGUGAACGCGCCAUCUUCAGCUUCGACGAGGAACUCGAGCGCGACCUACGCCGCGCUGCCCCCGUCUACCAUGUCGGCCGCGGCGGUGCUGGCAAUACCAUCUUCGGCGACGACGCCAGCUCCAGUCUCAGUCGCAAGUACUCCGCUGGGAGCACCACGACCAACAGCAGUGCCGGCUCGGUGGCGGACCGCGCGCGUGACAAGGCCCGCCGUGGUCUCGAAAAGGGCUGGGGCAAGCUCAAGGGCGCCGCCUAA